UCCGGCGGCUAGAGUGGGGGACGAGGUGAAGCGGAGCCGGGCCCGGGCCCGCCGGGAGCAAGCCGGAGGCUGAGCGGCGGCGGUGACGGCGGUGGCCGGGAGGGGGGAGGAGAGGCGCAGCCCGAGGAGCCGCCGCAGCAGCUCCCCCGCCUCCCGGGCUGAGGGUGUAUUGAAAUCUGCAGAAUGGCUUCCUGAUGCUUGAAGACCAGCUCUGUUCUUCGUUCGUCUCCACAGUCUGAGAAUUUAGGRAAGAGAGAUGGACCAACCUAGUGGAAGAAGUUUUAUGCAAGUAUUAUGUGAAAAAUAUAGUCCUGAAAACUUUCCUUACCGUCGUGGCCCUGGGAUGGGAGUCCAUGUCCCAGCCACACCUCAGGGCUCUCCUAUGAAAGAUCGCCUCAACCUCCCAAGUGUACUAGUGUUGAACAGCUGUGGAAUAACCUGUGCAGGAGAUGAAAGAGAAAUUGCUGCCUUCUGUGCUCAUGUGUCGGAACUAGAUCUUUCUGACAACAAACUCGAAGACUGGCAUGAGGUCAGUAAAAUUGUGUCAAAUGUUCCCCAGUUGGAGUUUCUAAACCUGAGUUCCAACCCUCUGAAUUUGUCAGUUUUAGAAAGAACAUGUGCUGGGUCCUUCUCUGGGGUUCGCAAACUUGUCCUCAACAACAGCAAAGCUUCAUGGGAGACAGUCCACACAAUCCUACAGGAGUUACCAGAUUUGGAGGAGCUCUUCCUGUGCCUUAAUGACUAUGAAACAGUGUCUUGUUCUUCUAUUUGCUGUCAUUCUCUUAAGCUCCUACAUAUAACAGACAAUAACCUCCAAGACUGGACUGAAAUACGCAAGUUGGGAGUGAUGUUUCCAUCACUGGAUACCCUUGUCCUGGCCAACAAUCAUUUGAAUGCUAUUGAGGAGCCCGAUGAUUCAUUGGCCAGGUUGUUUCCUAAUCUUCGAUCCAUCAGCCUCCACAAGUCAGGUUUGCAGUCUUGGGAAGACAUAGACAAACUAAAUUCAUUCCCCAAACUUGAAGAAGUGAGAUUGUUAGGAAUUCCUCUUCUGCAGCCAUAUACCACCGAGGAGCGCAGGAAAUUGGUAAUAGCCAGAUUGCCAUCAGUUUCCAAACUUAAUGGCAGUGUUGUUACUGAUGGUGAACGAGAAGACUCUGAGAGAUUUUUUAUUCGUUACUAUGUGGAUGUUCCACAGGAAGAAGUGCCAUUCAGGUAUCAUGAACUGAUAACAAAAUAUGGGAAGUUGGAGCCUUUGGCGGAAGUGGACCUAAGACCCCAAAGCAGUGCAAAAGUAGAAGUCCACUUUAAUGAUCAAGUGGAAGAAAUGAACAUUCGGUUGGACCAAACUGUUGCAGAACUAAAGAAACAAUUGAGAACUCUAGUGCAAUUACCCACAAGCAACAUGCUCCUCUACCAUUUUGACCAUGAAGCACCCUUUGGCCCAGAAGAAAUGAAGUAUAGCUCUCGAGCAUUGCAUUCCUUUGGCAUUAGGGAUGGAGAUAAAAUUUAUGUGGAAUCCAAAACAAAAUAACCUCUACCAGCCUUGUAAAAACACACAUGAGGACUUCUUGCAGGGCAUUUGGUUCCAAUGUGGUUUUCUUUAGGAGGGAGAAGGUUUUUGUUUGUUUUGUUUUGUUUAGCCUUGGGAGGGGUUUUGUAUUUUUUUUCCCCUGGAAUGGGUAGGGGGCCAUUUUUUGGUAUUUUCUACCACAGAUUUCUUCGGCUCAGCCAGCAGAAUUGGUCCCAUAUCCAGUCCAUAAGCCCUCUCAUGAAAGAUGACAACAAAAUCACCGACUUCUUACUGUGCUCACUAGGGUUUGUCUGCCAUUUGGUCAUCAUUACCCUUAGGUAUCCUCAUAAAAAUAGCAUGAAUAGCCUAGCCCCUCAGAAGGGUGUCUGACAGUAUUUAAAUCAGGAGUCAAGGACACUUCACAGGAAGGGCCAUCACUUCUCUCCCACUUCUCCCUGUUUCCCUCCCUCUCCCUCUCCCUCCCUCCUUUUUUUGGUUCACUUUAUUAACUUUGAUUUGUGUCAGCACAUGUUUACCUAAUAGUUUUAUUCUAUUCAAAAUUAACUUCUUAUUUCUCAACUUGAGUGAUUUUUCCUCCUUCAUUUCUCCCUUUUAAAAUAAUUUUGAGUGUUUUAAUAAGCAUUUUUCAACCUGAUUCUGAUCUCAGGUAUUCAGUAAGAACCUGUAACUCUGUUAGGAUCUUAAAGAAGAGCAGAUGGAGAGUCAGAACUCCAGGAAAACUUGAUAUUUUUCUGGAAGCAUGGGCAGAGCAGUCUGAUCUCUUUAUGCUACUAUCUCACUUUUAAUGCCCCUCGUGUAUUAUAUCAGCCAUUACUUCCAUAACAUGAAACAUAUUAGAUUCCAGAUUUCUUUUAUUUUUGCUUAUGAAUGUAUUUCCCCAUAUCUUUCUUUUUCAUUACUUUAAACUAUUGGGAAUAGAGGCCUGACUUUAUGAAGAAUCCAGUGGACUGCUAGAUAUCCAUGCCAGGAGAAUGGAGAAUCAGCUAACAGACUACCCCUGGUGUGUGAGGGAAUGAAGUUGGGGGAUAUGAGAGAAUGAGCUUUGCGAAUGUCCUGCCUCUGUCAUCCAUUCAAAGCCCUUGCUCUUGCACUUUGCAUUAAAGGUGGGAAAUUUUAAUCAAAGGGAGCUUUGAUUCCCAGUUUGUUCCUGGGGUUUUGUGAUGUAAUAACUCAACAAUUCUUUUGGUUUUACAUUUCAAUUUAGUUGCCACUAUAGAAGAGUAAAGUAUAAAUGUCAAAACUUCCAAAUUGCCUCCAAGUCAUAUUUUUUGUAGAAGUACAUUUAAAGCACUUUUCCUGUAAAAGCUAGCCCCUUACCUACUCUGAAAUCUUUGUGCUGUUUUCCUAAGCUAGCCCCUUACCUACUCUGAAAUCUUUGUGCUGUUUUCCUAUUCCUAUUUACCAGAUGUAGUCUCUUUCUUUAGUAUGUCUUUUUUGGUCCACCAUGUUUAGAGGUGGGAGACUUGAGAAACCCAGUUUAACUAGGGCAGAAGGUAGGCAGGUAAAGUACUUUUCAAAGAAUGCAAUUAUUAGCUGGUUGCAUUUGACCUUUUGACCUUUGUUAUAUAAUUCAACCCCUCCUACAAACUUCAUUUCUUAUGAAAUUUUUAGAUAAUUCUUGUAAAUUCUUCAUGUAUGGGGAGUUGUGUUUAUUAUUGCUACUUUUUAAAUUUUCCUAUGCCAUGUGGCAGAUGUUUAUUCUCUUAAUGCACUUCAGGUUCAGUAUCUGUAAAGCCUUUGACUCAGGCCUACUGAGGCAAAUCUACAUUCACUGUAACAUUAAAGGUGGAAACCAAAGGGUUUGAGAAAGAUGAAUGAGGCCUAUUCUCCUUCUGCUGUAGGCUGUAUCUUUCAAAAUCAUAAAAAUGAGCAAUGGAGAUCCAGGCUGAGUAUAGACAAGAACAAUUAUUUUGCAAUCACAUUUUCCUGACAGAUUUUUGGAACUAGGAAAAAAAAAGUGUGGCAACAGUGUCAUGAAGAUUAAAACUGUGGGUGCUUUGUGUUUGUGCGCAUGAGUGCAGAUGAGUUUGAAAGAGAAAUUGUGUAAUUGAGCCCGUCGCUUUUGUCACCCUGGGAAACAGAUGCACUCUUAUUUUUUGAAGUUGAAUGAUCCCUGACUGUCCCACAGCAGAAGGUGGAGUGAACACUUAUGCUUUAAUCAUAAGUGGAAUGGUCACAAUAAGAUAUUUUAUAUAUGACAAAGUUUUAUGAAAUGCUUUUUUACUGUUAGAGACCUGUUUCUUCUGUUACUAUAGAACACAGUGUUUAUCAACUGCAGGCAUAAUCCUUUUAUUAUACAGUUGCAUGUAAGGGGAACUUCUCAUUUAAUUCAGCUGACAUGGGUAUUUUUAGGGCAUUGAUGGUUUUAAYAAUUGCUGAAUAAUUUUUGAUUAAGAAAAAAAUCUAAUACAAUUACUGGUCUUUUAGAGUUACAGAAGUAAAUGAGAAAAGCUGUUUGAGCAUGUGUACUUAUAGAUUCAUUUGAGUGGCAGAGUAAAGAUGCUGCUUUUGAAAUAAAAUUGGUGCUGUGUAGACACUUCUAACCAAAAUUCUUUUUAUAACAGGUCCAAGAGAAGGAGAGAAAAGACCACGGACCUUUGAGUCUACGAGUCAUACCUAAUGGAUUGUCCAUAGCRUGUCCAUAUUUUAAUGUUGACUUUGUUCAGAUUCAGUGGGAGCAUAUUGACUUUAUGAGGCAAAAUUCUGUCAUAGCCAGUAUUGUAGACGCAUUGCUUCAGGCACAGUGUAUAGAAUACACCUCUCUGAAACAAGUUCUUUUUGGUUAUGAAAAAGGAAAGCAGUAAUAAAAGAAAG